CGAGACUACCGAACGACAGUCCAGCGCGCGUAUCACACGACCAGUUAAUCAGCUUCUCCUCCCUUGACUCACUUCGAAGAUAUAUAAAGCCUUUUGUAAAGUGUUGACUUCGUACGUACUUUGAAUUACCUGUUGUGUCAUCUGCACCAUACAACACUUUCUUUGAAUGUCAAUGUAUUUUAUUUAUUUUCUCUGAGUGUUUAUAGAUCUAGCGAUAGAUGUAAUGUCUGGAGAUAUAGAUACAUGUCUGGAUUCUAAACUAUGUUCUGCAUUUUCAUCUAGUUGUUUCAUAUGUUCAUGAUUUUCCUUUUUUUUUUAUUCGAACGUUGGGUAUCUUCACGAGUAUGUCUCGUCAAAAAGACAUCAGGGAGGUCUUAAACAGAAGCCGCCUCUUUCUUACACUUGCCAUGAUUUUCCUGGACACCUGUCAUGGGUGUUUUCCCAUCUUCGACGUUUUUCAAGGCAACUUGUACUGGCGACAACAGACGUCCACAGAAACCUACACCAUCAUGACAUUAAGCCUAGAAGACCACAACAUAAUGUUCCUGAAAUAUUACGAGGAACAGAAACUGGUUACGACUGUCAAGCUGUGGUGUCUUCUAACUCACGGCAGCAAUAAAUUUCUAGUGCGACAGACCAGCGAAGUCUUUGAUGAUGACGUAUACUUCUGUAUGCACCUUAAUCUCCUGGCACCAAACGUAGUACGGAUGUCCAAGACUUCAACUUCACAUCUGAGAAAAAAGUUUAGCUGCCUCAGCCUCGAUUACAUCCAAGAUGAGUACGUAUGGUUCAUCAAUGUCAGAUAUUUUGACAAGCCGUGUCCACUUACUGGAGGAUUUCAGCUGAUCGUUAACGCCGACAAUCUAGCCGUUUCGCCGUCCUGCAGUGAAAGCAUCUUCACAUACAACCCCAAAGUACAACUCCAGUGCGACACUGCGGGCAGCGGCAAUGUGAUUAUUGAACUGGGAGAGGCGUGUGAAUUUAAAAACACUCAUUACCUCGAGCACUUACUGCAGAGAAACUUCCUCUAUUUCAGAUGCAUGGGCCACUGGAGAUCAGAAUCAACGACGUCCGUUCUUCUGCAGAUGGAAUCCGAUGAACUACAGGUUUGGUGUUUGCAGUACAAAAUGAUACUCCCAGAAGAUGGGUUUAUGCCCUUACAUUUGAGCUUGACCGGGUUUUGCCCUAGUGUUGCAUUCCCGCUACAACUGGAGACUUGGUCGAUCAACUCUAUCUAUGGCGCUUUGGGUCAGUAUAAACAAAUGUACGAUCCGGAAUGCAAUACAACGUUUCAAACAGAUUGCCAACUGGAAAGCGCUUGCAGGUCGUCGAACCGAUGUCCAGUACAAUGCAAUCGAUGUGAACCAGUGAAAAACAUCUCGAUGUGUAAUUUCCACGAAUCUGUGCAUGGCGAUUGGACCCCGAUAAAUUUGCCCUCAAAAAACAUCUUUGUUAAUGUCCAGGCAGAGGUUCUUAAAUGCCAUUUCGGAUAUUUCGGUUGCCGUGGGACGCCCAUGAUGGAUGACACGGGUGUGUUUCAAUAUCGGGUUGAGCAGGACGGUUUGAUUGCGUCCUGUAGGCCGCUGUACGCUUGUGUUGAGUUGAAGCUCCUGGCUCAAGGAAUCUUGUUCUUUCAUAUCAUCAUCGCUGAAAGACGUCCUCAAACGGGUGAGCCGAAUUCCUGCUUCAGGACGAUGGAAAUUUAUGACGACCUGAACUUGCUGCGAAAAGAGAGCCCGUUAACUCUUUUUGACUUAUCAGAGCUGCGUGAGACACAAUGCAAUUUCCCCUACAAUACAUACUAUUUCACCACCCUCCCACAUUGUCGGCUUUUAAUACACAACUGCAGCAAUGACUGCACGAUUCUCAAGGUGAAGCUUGAUCGUAUCUCGUGCAGUAACAGAACGGUGAAAGAAAACCCCAUCUUCGAAACUCAUCAUUGCAUGGAGAAGAUUGACUUUGAAGACGACACUUUCGCCAUUGUCUCCUAUAACAGAGAAAGUAAGGCGUUUCUCUGUUGGGUCUUUGCAAGCAGCCGCCUUUUAAUCGUCUCACCCGAGGAAUGCAAUGAAAAGACUGCCAAUACAAUCCUCUCUGACCCCAAGUCUCAGGAGGUCUACGACCCUUUGAUAAUACUAUCUAGAAAAUCCUUCCAGCUUAUUUCACAAUCAUGUGUCGCUUUGCUUCUAAAUGUCCCUUUAUUUACUUUGUCAGUCAUUGUAUUAAUAUUUUACCCCCCAAUUCGUUGAAACGGGUUUUGUCAGUGUUUCCCUUAGCUGCCAUUUGUAAAUAGAAAAUAAAGCUCAACUGGUCUAUGAACAUCAGCUAAUAAAGAGGUCCUCUACCCUUGACCUCCUUCAUCCUUAACUUUUACCCCCCUUUUUUUUGGUAUGUUCACUUUCAAUACUAAGCCUUUGUUCAGGCGUAGAGACAUUAAGCUUAUAGAAUGCUGGCUGGACAGGUCUGUUCAUGUUUCGUUGUAUUUUAAAUGUAUGUUGUGACCGAUAAAGAUGACAAGCUAAAAUGAUGUAAAAUUGUUUUUCUUCUUUCUUGAAAUCUCUCUCUCUCUCUCUCUCUCUCUCUUUCUCUCUCUCUUAACAUGACAUAGGGAAACAAACUGAUGUGCCCUGACAAUAACAUUCCAGAAAGUAUCUUUUGUGUCAGCAACUGUUAUAGACGUUGGUCACUUAGCUAGAUCUAGAUUUCAUUACUUAUGAAGGCCUAAAUUCAAAGAAUGAAAUCAGAGACAUUCAAGGCUGAGUGUGUUUGCAAAAGAGAAGCUUUUUCUUAUGCAGAAAUAAAUAAAUUCAAUUCUUGAUUCCUUGCGCCUUCCUUCAACACAUCUGUUUUCUAAAACAACUUCAAGCAUCAGAACCCAGAAUAACUAGCUUUAUCUUACAACAGCUAGAGAGUUUAUCUAUUCAGCAGAUCUAAUAGCCCAGCUUCUAUAUAAGAAAUAAGUUCAAUGACUAACAAAGAUUAUCUGUCUGAACAAAAAUCUUUAAAACGUUUGUUUUUAGUGAUUGUGUCGGAUGCCAAAGCUUUCAUUGUUGACUCUGCAAAGAAUGUUCUUAAAAAAAGAAAUCUGAAUUCUUUCAUUAUGUGAUAAAAUAUCUCCAGUGUCUGCAUAUCUUGUCAAGAAAUAGCCUAUAAACACAACUACUUUUAUAUAAUUAAAUGUCACUGAUUCAGCCAAGCAAACCAUUACAUUUGGUUGAAGUCUUAUUUCACUUCUAACAAAAAACUCCCAUUCCUUUGAAUGAAUUUCUUGUUGGUGCUAUCUUUGAACCAUGAAUAAACACUAAAAGCAUUAUGAGCAUAAAAUCAUUGCCAAGUGACAACAACGGCAUCAUUCUAACAUAUUUUAGAAAAGUCUAUGGGAAAUAGUGAAGGUGUAAAUAUUGUGACAAAUGUACAUAAUUUUUUAUUUAACUUUAUGCUGUGUUAAUUUUUAUGAUUGAUGCAUUUUGUGUAUAUUCUAAGCUUG